GGGACUGAAAAUGGUAUGAACAGAGGGAACAAUGUGAAUGCUGAGAAUAUUCUUUAGAAAGUGAUGGCUAACUUUAUGCCUGCGAGGUCUGCAACCCAUGUUGUGGAUGACAGAGGGAAGAAGAAAGUUGAAAGUGAAGAGGAUGACGAUGAUGAUGAUGAUGAAGGCUAUGACUACGAAUGGCAGAUCCUAUCUAGCCUAGACUACAAUGCCGCUGAUGACGUCAACAGCUUUCCGAAGUACGAGCAGAUCUCGGACAAUGCCGCACGCUUCAAGCACCAGGUCCGCGCGCAGAGUCCCAACUAUGGCGCCAGGCGACACGACACCAUCAUCGUUCCCCUGGUCGAUGGGAUGGUACAUGCAUUGGAUGUCCAGUCAGGGAAGCUUAAGUGGUCCUUCUCCUCUGGUCCUCCCCUGGUUUCAAAUAUGCAUACAUGGCCAACUGUGCUUGCAACUCAUGAUGAGAAGCAGGCAGAGGAGUCUGACGACGCAGACACUGGUGAUGAUGACCUGUCAAGUGGGGACGACUUUGAGCGACUUUAUUUCCCAGGCACUGAUGGAUCCCUCUACAGCUAUGGACGAGGGAAAGGCGAUAAGUUCGAAAGACUAGGCAUCAACAUCAAGAAACUAGUGGAAGCAUCGCCGUCGAUGACCUCCAGAGGCCUUGUCGCGAUUGGUGAGAAGCGCUCUACUGUCUUUAUGCUAGACUCUGUUACGGGGGAUGUGAUCCAAGAAUUCCGAUCGACAGAUAAUGGUGACAGCAAUACAGGGAAGAUCUUGUUGCCGGAAGGCCUGGAGGCGUGUCUCGUGACGGAAGACAAUCUCGAUCAAAUAGAGGAGGGAGAUCUUGACGGUGAAAAUGCAGAGGGGGUAUCCGCAGACAAGCUGGUGUGCAAGAGAAGACCAUUAUUUCUUUCUCGAACAGACUGGAAUGUCACAUGGAGAUCUGUCACAACACAGAAGAUCAUGCACAACCUUGGGUUUGGGGAAGUGAAAACGCUGGAGUACCCUUUUUGGAAAGAGAGCACGGAAGAGGGGCUACCGGCAGGGGGGAACGAAUUGCGAUCUCGACAAGCUCUCCGAUUGUUUUCGGACACGAACAGCAAUGAUCUUCAGCUAUGGGACUUGGCGUCGGGGACGGAGCAGUGGCGAGUCACACUCGAUGCUCGCCCGAUCGUUGCCUUUUCCUUAUCCGGGGAGCUUAUAUCAAAGCUGGAGCCCGUGGGAAGGACGUACCAAGUGCGAGAGACAUACAUUGGCAGGGUUGGCAAUCAAGUUUAUUUCCUGCCCUUGCCCUUGGUGCAGCGUGCUGGCACGGAUGUGAUUCCACUCAGUUCCACAGCUGUCGCCCUGCGCCACACAAGCAGUGAAACGAUGGGCCCGCUUCAGCGAAUCGGGUCAAAACAUCUUGUUCCUGUGGAAAUCGAAGAGGAGUGGGACCCGUGCUUUCCGCGGGAGAACGAAACCGAAGAUCGCAACCUGCCAGCAGUGCGAGAAGUGCAAAACACCUCGCGACCCGCACCAAUGCCAAGUCUGGUGAACAUGAUGCUUAUGUGGUACGUGUACUUAACGCCACUGUCUGUGAUUGUCGCAAUUAUCAUUGGCUCAGCCAUUGCAGCAUGCAUGAUCUUCGGGAGUCUUACUGGCAUGAAUGAAAAGGGGAGAGAGCAGUCGGCAAAGGAGCAUAGGAAACGACCACCAAGGAGGCGACAAGCAAGUGUGCCAAAAGAAGAACCACAGCCCCCAGGGCAGGGUGAUGGCUUGACGCAGGUGCAGAAGCAGCAGCUCAAGGCGGCGGAAACAAUUGGGGCUCGCAAAAGUCGACCUGACGAUCUUCCAGAGGGUAAUGAUGGCCGCUAUGUGAAUAGGCUGUAUGUUACUUCGAAGAUCAUUGGUUAUGGCAGUCAUGGCACCAUUGUGGUGGAGGGAGUGCUGGACAAACGACCGGUCGCAAUCAAGAGGUUGCUACUUCAAUUUUAUGAGAAAGCACGAAAGGAGAUCGGUGCACUGAUAGUAUCAGAUGAGCAUCCUAACGUUGUGCGGCUCUAUGCGAUGGAGGAGGACUCAGCUUUUGUCUAUGUUGCCCUCGAACGCUGCAACUUCAGUUUGAGUGAUUUGGUGAUCGGGUCUUCAGGGUAUGAGAGCACGACUGGGAGCACAAAUUGUAGUGUUGAUGUUCCAGGAGGUCCCGUCAACACAACGGCAGUGGUUGUCAAGGACCCUCAUGGCGUCUUCCGCCAUGUCACAAAGCCAUCAAGAGAGGGAAAGGAAAUUGUUGUCCAGCUUUGGGAUGAGCGUACGUGGCCCACACCUGUGCUUGUACAGCUGAUGAAGGAUAUCGUUGCAGGAUUGGCGCAUCUGCACUCUGUGGGCAUUGUCCAUCGGGAUCUGAAGCCUCAGAAUGUGCUUGUUUGCACAAUGAGCAACAGACAGUUGCGUGCAAAGCUCUCUGAUAUGGGUAUCAGCAAGCGUCUGGAAGCGGAGCAGAUAUCCUUCUCACAGGGACACUGGACAGGGGUCGGCAGCGCUGGGUGGCAAGCACCUGAGCAGCUGCAACAUGGGAGGCAGACUCGGUCGGUGGACAUGUUUUCUCUUGGAUGUGUCCUUUUCUUCUGUGUAAGUGGGGGGUGCCAUCCAUUUGGCGACAAGUUUGAGAGGGACCGUAAUAUCAUCAAUGGGCAGUCAGACCUAUUUCCCAUCAGUCAUGUACCUGAAGCAUUCGAUCUCAUUGGUGCUCUCCUGGACCCAGAUCCCACGAAAAGGCCAACAGCGGCAUGUGCUCUGAUGCAUCCGUUGCUCUGGUCGCCAGAGGAACGCCUUAAUUUUCUGAAGGAUGCAAGUGACCGUGUGGAGGGCGAAGACCGUGAGGAGAACUCUCAACUAUUGAUGAAGCUAGAAGACAUAGGACCCUUUGCCCUGGGUGGGCCAUGGGAUGAGAAACUCAGCCCUGAGUUGCUGGACAACUUGGGAAAAUAUCGACGAUACAAUGUGAGGAGCGUAAGGGAUUUGCUGCGUGUCAUCAGAAACAAGCUUCACCAUUACCGCGAACUCCCAUCGGAACUUCAGUGAAUAAUGAAAACAAAUGUCAAUAACACAG